AUGCCCGGCGUACCGAGAUCCAAGGGGUGCCAGACGUGUAAACGUCGCAAGAUCAAGUGCGAUGAAACGUGGCCUACAUGUAUCCAGUGUAGGCACAUCAAUGCCGACUGCCCAGGACCAACGUCGCUCGUCAAAUUCAUUAAUAAUGGCUCCCACAGGGACGGUCAAUCACCUCCAAGCGAUGGACGCCGCUCGCCAUCCAAGUCGCCGCCUCGCCAGACGCAAGGCUCAAGCUCCUCGACGCUCCAGCUGCGGAAAAUCUAUUACCCCAAUGUUAAUGACAGGAGCGCUGAAUACGGCCUUCUCCAAGUUACUCCUCCUCGCGCGAAUCCCACAACUCUUGCCGAACGUGUCGCUACUCGUCUCGUCGGCAAUCUAGACAAGGGCGCGAACGGCAUCACCAGCCUCCAGAUGAGCUAUCUGCCGCAGCUACCCAGUCGCCUCGCCGAUAGCCCCUGCCUGCGUGACUCUGUAGACCUCUUCUGCGCGGCCUGGGCCGACUUCCGCCGUCGCCAGCCGCAGGGGGAGCUGAUGGCGAUGCCGCAAUACGGAAAAGUGCUCCGUAGUCUAAGGCGGACCCUGAUGAGCGAGCAAGCCUUGAAAGUAGAGACGCUGGCUGCAAUGGUCCUUCUGGAACGUACUUGCAAAUUAUUUGACCGUGGAAAGUUCUCCAGUAUUCACCAUCAAGGAAUCUUGCAGAUGAUGGAGAGGAAGGGCCCUCCUGAUCUGAAUGAUGACUUAGAUAUCACAGUCACAAAUGAGGUACAUGGGCUCAUGAUUAGUGGGUACAGCGUGGAAUCUUGCGCCAGCUUUAUAGAGAAGUCUGAGUGGAAUGAAGUGAUGGCAAACUGCGCGUUCAAGCAUCCAAAAUUAUCCAACCUUGAGCCUAUCACAUCCGUGGAUUUAAUGAUUAUCUACGACUUCAGCAAAGAUAUAUUUUCAUGGCUGAAUACGAUGCACCAGAUUCGGACGAACCCUCAUGGCGAUGAGAAUGAGGCCGUUUCUAUUAUCUUCGAGCAGAAGCUACGAGAUAUGCUUAGCAAAGUCCGUAAGCUCGCCGCAGAAUCGAUCGAACUGGCGAUGAAGGAGGGAGCUGUGACUGAGAGGGAUGAUCCUGCUUCCAUCGUUGGCAAGCGAAUCGACUUCAAGAGCGCACUUAUGUGUCAGGUGUUCAUGUCUCUCCAUCUGAUCCAAAUGACUGCUCUGCGCAUGCUCUAUGAAAUGAGCGUCGUCUACAGCUCUCCAGACCCGGAGUUGUGGGAUCAAUUCCGGGAGGUUGCGGUCGAGAACUGGAAAGCGAUGCCAUACAUCUUAUCGCUAGAGUCAAUUGUCGCCUCAAAUACAAUUGCAACAGUUUUCAUCGGUUAUGAGGCCGGAAAUGAGGAAGAGAAGAGAUAUCUCCAGGACGUCAUGCUGUCUGUGGAUGAAUAUCUGGGGCGGUACCCAAAGGAUAGAGCGAGGCUGGACACCGUUCUUCUCGAAGCCGGAAAGCUGCUCACUGGGCUUAAACCUGUGUUGAAGGAAUUGCCAAACAAUAGAUAG